UUGUUCUGUCCUUAGCGCUCUCGUUCCUUGCUCUUGCAAUUAUCGCUUGAGUGUUCGUAAAGGGUUUUUUCUUACUUCUCUUAUUACGAGUUGUGUUGCCGAGUAACGCUGGUUCGGGUCCGCAUGGCUCUCUGCCUUAGCAAGUGUGGUGAUCUAUUUAUUCUCUUAUCGUGAUACCCAGAGCCAAGACUGUUAGCCUGGUGUCGCAUCUGGUGAAAAGUUUAGACUACGAUCUCUACUCAAUCUGACUACUAAAGGGAAAAUCCACAAUGGCGACCCCAUCCUCCAAGCCCAACCCAGGAGCAACCCCGACGUACCUGACCUCAUCGCCCCGACCAGUAGGCGCGCAUCCGGCUCGUCCUAUAGCGCACAAAUCGCCCGCGGGGAGAACACCCUCAGUCUCCGGACCGGGCGGCCACAUUCCACCCCCGGUCAACUCAGCGCACCACUAUGCCACCCCUCUGGCGGCGACGUCCGCCGGGGCCGAUGACCCUGUCACUCUGAGUUCGCCGUCAGCACUGCUCGCCCUUGGCGGCUACAGCGGGAUCAGCCCGUCGCCGGCCGGCCACGACGGCGGGCUGGUGGGCGCGGGUAUGAACGACAGCGAGAUUCAGGCGCUAGGCAUGCAAGGCCUGAAGCUAGGCGGCGGUGGCCCCGGCGGCGCACGGGACAACGAACUGGAACGGAGGAGACACAUUGAGGAUGUGGUGCAGCUGCUGCGGACGCGCAUCUCGGGCCGUGGGGUGUGCCGCGAAAGCAUCGAGCGCCUGGGCCAGCUGGAAGGGUUCGAGUCCAUCUGGCAGGAGGACAGCCUCAGUAUCGCCGGUAACUUUGUGGAUCUCGAGAUUGAGUUCCACCGCGGCCACAAUGUCGUCAAGGAUGUGAAUCUGAGCUACGCGACGCCCGAGUCGACAGAUGGGGAACGGCGCGAGGAGGCCACGGCGGUCUUGAAGCGGGAUUUGGUACAGUCGCCGGAAGAAGGAGAGCGCGGCGUGUGGAAGCCGCUGACGGGUUUCCAUGAGAACCUGCAGUGGCUUGCUCGCCAUGAUCGACUCAGUCAAGAGGUCAAUUGCUUCGAGGCGAUUGAGGGCCUGCAUGCGAGCUUGAAGCGCGUGUGGGAUGCCGAGUGGGAGCAGCGCAAGUUCUUGGGCGUCUACGAUCAUCUGUGCAGUGGCUGGGUCGGGCGUCCAUGUCUGCAUCAGGGGGCUCGCGUCGGACUCAGUCUCGAUUACUGGGUGCAGCAAGCACGUGUCCUCGAUGCGAGGCAGGCGAAGCAGAACUCCGGGUCCCCGGAUGAGAUGGCAGUGGACCAGCCCGCGGAGCAAGAAGAUGAGGCUGGGCAGAAGGGGAAGUGGAGCAUCAUGGUGGAGUGCGAGGAAGGAUAUCCGUCUCUUCGCGUGUCGAAGGACUGGGUUGCUUCGGAGGCUUUGACAACGGUACACAGCGGCGAUAUCGGCUCGUCCUCGAGUGAUUCGACCGGAUCUCAGGGGGUGGUGGUGAAUUGGACCGAGCCUCCUGAAACCUUGAUCCCAGCCCCAGAAGGCCACUCAGAUGCCAUGGCGCUCGACUCGAACAUGUUGGGCUCUUCUGCGCCUAAUCGUCGCUUUGUGGCUAGGUUCGAACCUCCCCUGGACGUGCCUAUCCUGGCAGCGUCGGAUAUAUACCGCCAUCUUGGCAUGCAGUUGCCUCAGGAGUUCAAAAUGGUGACGUAUGAUGGGCUGCUCGCGCCUGGCUGGUCACCAUUGUCGGCAGCCGGUGCAAUGGGGAUGGGUCCGGAAGAAGCAUCGCAGCUUGGUCGCAGGAGCCGCAAGCUGUCGCUGCAGACUAUCGACAAGGACGGCAAGCCGUGCACGAAACACCACUGCUACACGUUCCAGCCUUUCGAAUCAGUUGCGGGUCGCACCAUGAAAGACAUUCCAUUCUCGCAUCCAAGACAGCUUGCAGACAUACUCCCGAUCUUACGGCAGUACGCAUUCUUGGCGAACCUCAUCCGGAGCAUCUUUACCACCUCCUCCAAGCCUGACAACGACAAACUCAACGCUCAAGAAGAUUUGACCAAGGGGCUCUUCGAUCACGCAGAGUCCAACAAAACGCAGACGGUGACAGAGGGCGACAUCGUGAUUCUUAGCAAUGAGGAUCCUAAUGAGAAGAAGCUGAACUCAUUGCUCGGAAGUCUUGGGCAAACCGCUGCUCAAAUUACCGGCAAGGGGAAAGGUACUAUGGUUGGAAGCUCUGACGGGGAUUCGGCCACCAGUGAUGACGUCAAAGUAGACGUGACAUUGCGCUCGCAGCUUGGCCAAGCCCCAGCUAUUAUGCUUCUGUUCACUAUGAACAACUCCGAGGGAGAAUCGGCACUGGAUCAGGACCGUGAUGUGAUAAGUAAGGUCUCAGUCAGCCUUGAGGUUGGAGUCAACGGUCGCGUUUCCGUGCUCGACAUAACCGGACUGCUUGAUGAUGAAAACAGCCAUCUAGAUCAAACGGACACUCAAGCGGCCGAAGACCGCAACAAUGAGAUGUCCGAGUUGCAGAAGGCUAUUGCAAGGGUGCUGGAAGUCUCGCAGGACUUGGGGAUCCUGGUCGAGUGGGCUGAAUCAACCACCAUCUCCAACACGGAGAAUCUCAUGAAGUACAUGUCCCUCGAUCAGCGGGGUAAGGUCCAGGCUGAGUACAUCUGGAUCGACGCCGCCGGUGGCACCCGUUCCAAGACCAGGACCUUGGCCAAGACUGUCACCUCCGUUGACGAACUUCCCGAAUGGAACUUCGACGGCUCCUCCACCGGCCAGGCCCCCGGUGACAACUCUGAUGUCUACCUCCGCCCCGUUGCUAUCUACCCCGACCCCUUCCGUCUCGGUGACAACAUCCUCGUCCUCUGCGAGACCUGGGAUUCGGAUGGAACUCCCAACAAGUUCAACCACCGCCACGAGGCUGCCCGUCUGAUGGAAGUCAACGCCAAGGAGGAGUUCUGGUUCGGUCUGGAGCAGGAGUACACUCUCCUUGGUAACGAUGGCUGGCCCUAUGGUUGGCCCAAGGGUGGUUUCCCCGGUGCCCAGGGUCCCUACUACUGUGGUGUCGGAACCGGCAAGGUCUACUGCCGUGACAUUGUCGAGGCUCACUACCGUGCUUGCUUGUACGCCGGUAUCAAGAUCUCCGGCAUCAACGCCGAGGUUAUGCCUUCGCAAUGGGAGUACCAGGUCGGCCCUUGCCAGGGUAUCGAGAUGGGUGACGAGCUCUGGAUGUCCCGUUUCCUCCUCCACCGCGUCGCUGAAGAGUUCGGCGUCAAGAUUUCCUUCGAGCCCAAGCCCAUCAAGGGCGACUGGAACGGAGCCGGUCUCCACACCAACGUCUCUACCGCUUCCACUCGUGCUGACGGUGGUAUGAAGGCCAUUGAGUCCUACAUGAAGAAGCUUGAGGCCCGCCACGUUGAGCACAUUGCCGUCUACGGUGAGGGCAACGAGGAGCGUCUGACUGGCCGUCACGAGACCGGUAACAUCGAUAAGUUCAGCUACGGUGUUGCUGACCGCGGUGGCUCCAUCCGUAUCCCUCGCCAGGUCGCCAAGGAUGGCAAGGGUUACUUUGAGGACCGCCGUCCCGCCAGCAAUGCUUGUCCCUACCAAAUUACCGGUAUCAUCGUGGAGACUCUCUGCGGUGGCAACUAAGUGCUGCAGCACGAUUAUCAAAAUGUGAAAACAUUUCCUCUUAGCGCUCGUAUACCCUCCGGCGUCGACAUGGAGUCACCGAUUGCAACGCAAGCCUGGUCAUGUGAGAGCAACUAUAGAAUUUUCGUUUCGUUUCUACUCUUCAUGACGGUACUUCCGGGGUUUUUCUUCCAAACUCUCUCUUGUGCCAGCGCCUGUCGUGCAUUCGUUAUCCUGUUGCUGGUCUUGCAUGUUUCUUUCUUACCUUGGGUUAUGUGUUACGUAUGGCAUAGAGGACUGAAUCGGAGGCAAACCGACGACUGUCUUUUGAAAAAUUAAAAGCUGGGGAUGAAACUGGAAGGAUCAAAUAGCUUUCCCGG